AUGGAUCAGGAUCAAUACCAGGCCGCGGAGCAGCGGGCAUUGGACGCCGAGCAGAGGUGCACGCGCUUCUGCUUGGAGUGCUCGGAUGCCCAGCUCCAGUGUGAGCCUCAGGAGCUCCGCAACCUUCUCCAGCCCCGGGCCAAGGGCACGGCGGCCCUGCCCCGGGGGAACCAGGCCGUGCGGCUGUUCGAGCAGCAGGACCCCGGCGCCGCCCUGGGCAACCGGGACGCGGUGCGCGACCUCCGCGCCCUCGUGCUGUCGAACCGCCUGGACAUCACGGACAUCGACUACGUGCUCAACAGGUCUGGCCCGGCCCCCGGCACGGCACCGCAGGCAGCCCAGUCCGCAGCAGCCGCGGGCCAGGCGCACGCGGCGGCCGCCGCGGUUGGGGCCGGCCCCUCCGCCGCGAGCGCUGCCGGCGCUGCGCAGAUCGCGCUGGGCGGCUCCGAGCCGCUGCAGGUGCAGGUCGUGGACUCCAACAGGGCUGCUCUGUGGCGUCUGCUGCGGUCGGGCUUCGUGAUGCUGAUCAUGGUGGCGGGUGCGUCCGUGAUCGCGGACAGCGCCACGGGAACGGGCGGUGAUCCCGCGGUCGGCGGCGUGCCGCCGAUAGCUGUCGGCGAGGUGCUGCCGGUGGCAGGCCUCACCGACCUCGACGUGUCGGGCAACCUGGCGCUGGCGGAGGAGCCGUGCAGCCGGGCGCUCGGCCGAGGCCUGCUCCCAGCCCUGGAGGAGGGCAGCGGCUCCCCGCUCGCCUCGGGGAGGGCCGCCUCGCGCGGCGCCGCCUGCGGCCCCGGCGAGCUGCGCCUGGACCUCACCGGCACACGGCCCUUCUUCGACCCGGCGUAUGGCCGCUGGGACGUGACGCCGCACGCUCUGACGGUGCUCCGCUGCCCGUACAGCCGGGUGCUGGAGGUCGUGCUGGACCGGGUCUCCUUCAGCGACGCGGCCAUCCCUGGCCUCGCCCGG